CUCUUGGCUGCUCAAUGAAUGAAUGGGUCUCUGGGUUUCGGGGGAACGUGCGCCCUUCGGAUUGGACAAACCGAACUAACUGACCGUAAUCUGUGGCUUAUGCAAACCCGUGCCCGCCACACGGAGCAGGUGCGUGCGUGCCAGGGGGCGAGCAGUGCAUCCGUUCCGCCUGCCGGAACGAUCGAGCUUUCGGUCGCUGUCCGGAAUUCAAAUUCUUGCACAGACUAGGGACCCGAUGUCGCCCCCGCAGCCACGGCUUAAAUAUGCCCUUGGCUGGAAUGGCAAGCUCAGUACCGAGGGCGUCGCUCGGGUGUACACAGCACACUGAACCGCCCAGCAAGGACAUUUACACAUUCUAAGGACACACAGUUCAGUUCAGGCAGCACCACGUUGACAAGAUGCAACUGUUCGUUAUCUGCCUGCUGGUGGCCACCACGGCCGCGUUCACGAUGUUUGGCCCCCACAUCCGCAUCGUGCCGGGCCAGAAACCCAAUGAGAUAGUCCUCCACUUUCGCAAUCCGUGCAAUAACAAAACAAGCACCACCACCCUAAAGCCGCCACCACCUCCAUGUCCUGCUCAUCCCACCACGCCCGCCUGUGAGCACCGCAUUACCAGUCCAGCACCGACGAAGCCGCAAUGUCCACAUGCCACCACUACGCCGCACAAUUGUGGUCAGGACACAACGAGCUCAAGGGCCACCACUCCAAAGCCCACACUCGAAACAACAAUCGGGACAACUUUAAAGACAACUCAGACACCAACACGAGGACCAACCACUCUGAAACCAACUGAAGGUACUACGGCCAAGCCUACAACUCUGAAGCCAACUGAAGGUACAAGUGCCAAGCCGACAACUCUGAAACCAACAGAACCAACGACUGCCAAGCCGACAACACUGAAACCAACUGAAGGAACGUCUGCUAAGCCAACAACUCUGAAACCAACUGAAGGUACAAGUGCCAAGCCUACAACUCUGAAACCAACCGAACCAACGACUGCCAAGCCGACGACUCUGAAACCAACCGAAGGAACGUCUGCUAAGCCAACAACUCUGAAACCAACCGAAGGAACGUCUGCUAAGCCAACAACUCUGAAACCAACCGAAGGAACGUCGGCUAAGCCAACAACUCUGAAACCAACCGAACCAACCACUGCCAAGCCGACAACUCUGAAACCAACUGAAGGUACAAGUGCCAAGCCGACAACUCUGAAACCAACUGAAGGAACGUCUGCUAAGCCAACAACUCUGAAACCAACUGAAGGAACGUCUGCUAAGCCAACAACUCUGAAACCAACCGAAGGAACGUCUGCUAAGCCGACAACUCUGAAACCAACAGAACCAACGACUGCCAAGCCGACAACACUGAAACCAACUGAAGGAACGUCUGCUAAGCCAACAACUCUGAAACCAACUGAAGGUACAAGUGCCAAGCCUACAACUCUGAAACCAACCGAACCAACGACUGCCAAGCCGACAACUCUGAAACCAACUGAAAGAACGUCUGCUAAGCCAACAACUCUGAAACCAACCGAAGGAACGUCGGCUAAGCCAACAACUCUCAAACCAACAGAACCAACGACUGCUAAGCCAACAACUCUGAAACCAACUGAAGGAACGUCUGCUAACCCAACAACUCUGAAACCAACUGAAGGAACGUCUGCUAAGCCAACAACUCUGAAACCAACUGAAGGAACGUCUGCUAAGCCAACAACUCUGAAACCAACCGAACCAACCACUGCCAAGCCGACAACUCUGAAACCAACUGAAGGAACGUCUGCUAAGCCAACAACUCUGAAACCAACUGAAGGAACGUCUGCGAGACCAACAACUCUGAAACCAACUGAAGGUACAAGUGCCAAGCCUACAACUCGGAAACCAACAGAACCAACAACUGCCAAGCCGACAACUCUGAAACCAACUGAAGGAACGUCUGCUAAGCCAACAACUCUGAAACCAACCGAACCAACGACUGCCAAGCCGACGACUCUGAAACCAACCGAAGGAACGUCUGCUAAGCCAACAACUCUGAAACCAACUGAAGGUACAAGUGCAAAGCCUACAACUCUGAAACCAACCGAAGGAACGUCUGCUAAGCCCACAACUUUGAAACCAACCGAAGGAACGUCUCCUAAGCCUACAACUCUGAAACCAACAGAACCAACGACUGCCAAGCCGACAACUCUGAAACCAACUGAAGGUACAAGUGCCAAGCCGACAACUCUGAAACCAACUGAAGGAACGUCUGCUAAGCCAACAACUCUGAAACCAACUGAAGGAACGAGUGCCAAGCCAACAACUCUGAAACCAACAGAACCAACGACUGCCAAGCCGACAACUCUGAAACCAACUGAAGGAACGUCUGCUAAGCCAACAACUCUGAAACCAACUGAAGGUACAAGUGCAAAGCCUACAACUCUGAAACCAACCGAAGGAACGUCUGCUAAGCCCACAACUUUGAAACCAACCGAAGGAACGUCUCCUAAGCCUACAACUCUGAAACCAACAGAACCAACGACUGCCAAGCCGACAACUCUGAAACCAACUGAAGGUACAAGUGCCAAGCCGACAACUCUGAAACCAACUGAAGGUACAAGUGCCAAGCCGACAACUCUGAAACCAACUGAAGGAACGUCUGCUAAGCCAACAACUCUGAAACCAACUGAAGGAACGAGUGCCAAGCCGACAACUCUGAAACCAACAGAACCAACGACUGCCAAGCCGACAACUCUGAAACCAACUGAAAGAACGUCUGCUAAGCCAACAACUCUGAAACCAACCGAAGGAACGUCGGCUAAGCCAACAACUCUCAAACCAACAGAACCAACGACUGCUAAGCCAACAACUCUGAAACCAACUGAAGGUACAAGUGCCAAGCCGACAACUCUGAAACCAACCGAAGGAACGUCUGCUAACCCAACAACUCUGAAACCAACUGAAGGAACGUCUGCUAAGCCAACAACUCUGAAACCAACUGAAGGUACAAGUGCCAAGCCUACAACUCUGAAACCAACCGAAGGAACGUCUGCUAAGCCGACAACUCUGAAACCAACAGAACCAACGACUGCUAAGCCAACAACUCUGAAACCAACAGAACCAACGUCUGCUAAGCCAACAACUCUGAAACCAACUGAAGGUACAAGUGCCAAGCCGACAACUCUGAAACCAACUGAAGGAACGUCUGCUAAGCCAACAACUCUGAAACCAACUGAAGGAACGUCUGCUAAGCCAACAACUCUGAAACCAACUGAAGGUACAAGUGCCAAGCCGACAACUCUGAAACCAACUGAAGGAACGUCUGCUAAGCCAACAACUCUGAAACCAACUGAAGGAACGUCUGCUAAGCCAACAACUCUGAAACCAACAGAACCAACGACUGCUAAGCCGGCAACUCUGAAACCAACUGAAGGUACAAGUGCCAAGCCAACAACUCUGAAACCAACCGAAGGAACGUCGGCUAAGCCAACAACUCUCAAACCAACAGAACCAACGACUGCCAAGCCGACAACUCUGAAACCAACUGAAGGUACAAGUGCCAAGCCGACAACUCUGAAACCAACCGAAGGAACGUCUGCUAAGCCAACAACUCUGAAACCAACAGAACCAACGACUGCCAAGCCGACAACUCUGAAACCAACUGAAGGAACGUCUGCUAAGCCAACAACUCUGAAACCAACAGAACCAACGACUGCCAAGCCGACAACUCUGAAACCAACUGAGGGAACGUCUGCUAAGCCAACAACUCUGAAACCAACUGAAGGAACGUCUGCUAAGCCAACAACUCUGAAACCAACAGAACCAACGACUGCCAAGCCGACAACUCUGAAACCAACUGAAGGUACAAGUGCCAAGCCGACAACUCUGAAACCAACUGAAGGAACGUCUGCUAAGCCAACAACUCCUAAACCAACUGAAGGAACGUCUGCUAAGCCAACAACUCUGAAACCAACUGAAGGUACAAGUGCCAAGCCGACAACUCUGAAACCAACUGAAGGAACGUCUGCUAAGCCAACAACUUUGAAACCAACAGAACCAACGACUGCCAAGCCGACGACUCUGAAACCAACUGAAGGAACGUCUGCUAAGCCAACAACUCUGAAACCAACCGAAGGAACGUCUCCUAAGCCUACAACUCUGAAACCAACAGAACCAACGACUGCCAAGCCGACAACUCUGAAACCAACCGAAGGAACGUCUGCUAAGCCAACAACUCUGAAACCAACAGAACCAACGACUGCUAAGCCGGCAACUCUGAAACCAACUGAAGGUACAAGUGCCAAGCCAACAACUCUGAAACCAACCGAAGGAACGUCGGCUAAGCCAACAACUCUCAAACCAACAGAACCAACGACUGCCAAGCCGACAACUCUGAAACCAACUGAAGGUACAAGUGCCAAGCCGACAACUCUGAAACCAACCGAAGGAACGUCUGCUAAGCCAACAACUCUGAAACCAACAGAACCAACGACUGCCAAGCCGACAACUCUGAAACCAACUGAAGGAACGUCUGCUAAGCCAACAACUCUGAAACCAACAGAACCAACGACUGCCAAGCCGACAACUCUGAAACCAACUGAGGGAACGUCUGCUAAGCCAACAACUCUGAAACCAACUGAAGGAACGUCUGCUAAGCCAACAACUCUGAAACCAACAGAACCAACGACUGCCAAGCCGACAACUCUGAAACCAACUGAAGGUACAAGUGCCAAGCCGACAACUCUGAAACCAACUGAAGGAACGUCUGCUAAGCCAACAACUCCUAAACCAACUGAAGGAACGUCUGCUAAGCCAACAACUCUGAAACCAACUGAAGGUACAAGUGCCAAGCCGACAACUCUGAAACCAACUGAAGGAACGUCUGCUAAGCCAACAACUUUGAAACCAACAGAACCAACGACUGCCAAGCCGACGACUCUGAAACCAACUGAAGGAACGUCUGCUAAGCCAACAACUCUGAAACCAACCGAAGGAACGUCUCCUAAGCCUACAACUCUGAAACCAACAGAACCAACGACUGCCAAGCCGACAACUCUGAAACCAACCGAAGGAACGUCUGCUAAGCCAACAACUCUGAAACCAACUGAAGGAACGAGUGCUAAGCCGACAACUCUGAAACCAACUGAAGGAACGUCUGCUAAGCCAACAACUCUGAAACCAACAGAACCAACGACUGCCAAGCCGACAACACUGAAACCAACUGAGGGAACGUCUGCUAAGCCAACAACUCUGAAACCAACUGAAGGAACGUCUGCUAAGCCGACAACUCUGAAACCAACAGAACCAACGACUGCUAAGACAACAACUCUGAAACCAACUGAAGGAACGUCUGCUAGACCAACAACUCUGAAACCAACAGAACCAACGACUGCCAAGCCAACAACUCUGAAACCAACAGAACCAACGACUGCUAAGCCGACAACUCUGAAACCAACAGAACCAACGACUGCCAAGCCAACAACUCUGAAACCAACAGAACCAACGACUGCUAAGCCGACAACUCUGAAACCAACAGAACCAACGACUGCAACCAACGACUGCCAAGCCGACAACACUGAAACCGACUGA